UUAUGACAAUUGUGAUGACGAUGAUGGCGUACAGGAAAGCGCCGGUCCAGUUGGGUGUGGAUCGUUGCGCAGAUCUGUAAACACUGUUGAUAGUGGACUGGGAGUGUGUAUUACCAUACGCGGUACAUGUUUGCGUUAUCAGUAAAUCCCUUUAGUCUUUGUCUCGUCGAAGGGAGUGUUUCGUCAGUAAGACUUGUGUGAAGACGCGUACUAAAACAAGGAGUCAGCGGACGUGACCUGUGAGCCCUGAUCUCCUGUUUACCAAAGAGUUCACUCCAGCCAUAGUCAGCGGGAUGGAGCAGGAGGAGGCUCUGUGCUUUUUGAAGGCAUUUUUGGAGGAGUUUCCAGCUGCUCUGGAGGAAGGCGCUUCACUUCCUGUUAGCCCUCUUAGUCGUAAAGUCACAAUGGAGGAGUUGCAUGGAGAGAGCCUGGAGCUGGGCCUGAGGCUAUUGGCAAGCAGGGGUGCUUCUCCAAGACUCAGUGCCCUCCUUUGCCAGGCAGCAUAUUCCCAGUUGCUGCAGACUGACCUUUUACCUUACCAGUGCCCUGAGGAACCUGAAGGUGACCAAGAAGAGAAGGCAGAAGACAAAGCAGUCUUAUUUCAAUCGGAGGCAGUCCAACGCACCUUCCUGAAUAAACUGAUAGAUGUAGCACUGGCGUGGCACAGAAACUUCCCCAAGGUGGCCCUUUGUCCCUCUCGCAACCUCCAGUGCUCCAUUCAUGCCAUCAAAAACACCCGGAGAAAAAUGGAGGACAAACAUUUGGCUUUAGCCGAGUUCAACCAGCUCUUUGGAAUUCAGGAUGAUGUAGAUCGUGCUUACUAUGCUGUGUUUGAUGGCCAUGGAGGGGUGGAUGCAGCAACCUACGCUGCCACUCACCUCCAUGUUGUUUUAAGUAAACAGGAGAUGCUGCAGAGUGAUGCAACCACAGCCUUUAAAACAGCCUUCAAACACACAGAUGACAUGUUCAGAAACAAGGCCAAGAGAGAGCGUCUCCGGAGUGGCAGUACAGGAGUGGCAGUACUGAUCCAGGAUCAAGAGCUGACUGUUGCUUGGCUGGGAGACUCUCAGGCAAUACUGGUCAGAGAUGGGCAUGUUGUUAGACUCAUGGAUCCACAUAAACCAGAGAGAGAG